AUGACAACCCUGCUAGAACAAUGUGGAAUCACAGCUCCCCCAGGCGAGGUAUCUGAAAUAACAAUACCUCUGUCAUUUUUCGACCUCAUAUGGGUGUAUUUUCAUCCAAUUCAGCGCCUAUUGUUCUACGAAUUCCCUUGUUCCAAGAUCCAUUUCACGGAAACCAUCAUCCCAGAUCUCAAAAAAUCACUUUCUCUUACUCUCAAACAUUAUUACCCACUAGCAGGCAACCUACUAUAUCCCUUAAUAAGCACUGGAAAGCCUGUGUUUCGUUACUUGGUUGGGGACUCGGUUUCUCUAACUAUAUCCGAGUCCAACGGCGAUUUCAGUAAUCUUAUCGCUAAUCCUGCACGAGAUGCUGAUCAGUUCUAUCCUUUUGUCCCUCAAUUGCCACCACCUAAAGUGGAAACGGAGUACAAAACAAUCCCAGUCUUGUCUCUGCAGGUAACUUUGUUUCAAAAUCGUGGCUUAUCUAUUGGUUUUACUAACCAUCAUAGUAUAGGCGAUGCUAGGUCAGUUAUAGGCUUCAUAAAAGCGUGGGCAUCGAUCAACAAACUCAGUGGAGAUUCACAGUUGAUUGAAACCAAAUUAUUGCCACUUUUUGAUAGAUCUGUCAUUAAAGAUUCCUUUAGAAUAGGAGAUAUAUGGUGGAAUCAAUUGAAGAAUGUUAAUUUUCAACAUUCAUCUUUGUGUUUACCCACGAAUAAAGUUCGGGCCACAUAUGUUCUCUCCCAAGCUGAUAUCCAGAAACUCAAGGAUUCACUUUUGGCCCGAAAACCAGGUGUAGUUCGCCCUUCAUCCUUUGUUGUUACAACUGCCUAUGCGUGGACUUGUUUGGUGAAAUCCGGGCCUGCCACUGGGGAGGAGGUCAAUGCAGAUACACCCGAAUGCUUUGCUAUUGCUGCAGAUUUGCGAGCGCGCAUAGAUCCUCCUGUGCCUGCUAAUUAUUUCGGCAAUUGCAUUGGAGGUGGAUUGGCAGAAAUAAAGCACCAGGAGUUAAUGGCAAACGAAGGGUAUUUCAUUGCAGCUGAGGCAAUUGCAGAGGUUAUUCGUGUAAAGGUGAACAAUAAAGAAGAAGUAUUGAAGGAUCCUGAGAAUUGGCUCGAGGGUGCUAGAAAAUUAGUAGGGAAACGAGUGCUCUCAGUAUCUGGAUCCCCGAAGUUCAACCUAUAUAGCACUGAUUAUGGCUGGGGAAGGCUAAAAAAGAUGGAGGCUGUGUCUAUCGACGGAGAUAAUGCUAUUUCCCUGUGCGAGUCCAGCGAUUUAGAGGGAGGUUUGGAGGUUGGUUUAUCUUUACCCAAGACAAAAAUGGAUGCUUUUGCAGCCAUUUUCACCAGUGGCAUAAGGCAUGCUGAAAUAAUGGAACCGAUAAUGUGGCUUGGGNCUCGAAAUCCUGGGUCCGCCACUGGCGGUGCUCCCAACUAUUCACGACGGCGAUGGAUUUGGGAUUUUGUAGUUUUGGGGUGA